UAUAUGCGUAACCCCCGCAACGUCUGCUCUCUUCCACGCCGCCGGCGGCCCUUCUCCUAGUCCGCUUCUAUCCUCCCUACCGGCCACUUCCUCCGCCCGCUCAUCCCUCCGUGCGGUGCUCGCAUGGAAGAAAGAGAGAGGAAGGAGGGGAGUGCGGGCCGCGCGGUGUCGUGCCCUGUCGCCUGACGACGGAGGCGGCACCGUCAGCCGCGUGCGGCGGGGCGUCCACGGAGCCGGCGAGUUGGAUCCCGCCGGCUGCACACGGCUCCGACCUGGGAAGCGCUUUCCACGGGGGUGGCGGGCUGGGCGCCUCAAACCGCCGGAGUAAGUUGGGUUUAGAGGUCAAAGUGCCCAUCCAAGAAACGCAAGAGAAAUGCCUGCGCGCCGCCGCCUCGCCAUCGCCGCCGCUGCUAAAUCCCACGCCACACUGAUCAAGUCCGGCGUCACUUCCCCCACGCCCUGGAACCAGCUCCUCACAGCCUACUCCCUCACCCCGCUCGGCCUGGUCGCCGCGCGCCAGGUGUUCGACCAAAUCCCCCGCCCGGACGCUGCCUCCUGGAACUCCCUCCUCACCGCGCAUGUCUCUGCCGGCGCGCAUUCCGCGGCAUACCACAUCCUCCAAGCCAUGCACGCGAGGGGGCUUGCCGCCAACACCUUCGCCCUCGGCCCUGCUCUCCGCUCUGCUGCCGCCGUGGGCUGCCCUGCUCUGGGCGCCCAGCUGCACUCGCUCAUCGUCAAAGCUGGCCUGUCCGACAAUGUCUUCGCUGCAACCGCAUUGCUUCACAUGUAUGCUAAGUGUGGCCGCACAAGGGAUGCUCGUCGGGUGUUCGAUGGAAUGCCGGAGCGGAACACCGUUUCUUGGAACGCCCUCGUUGCCGGUUACGUGGAAUCUGGGAAGGGUGCUCCAGCAGUUCAGCUGUUUGUUGAGAUGGAGAGGGAGGGGUUACGUCCAGACGAGGCAACAUUCGCUGCAUUGCUCACGGUGGUCGAUGAAUGCAGUUGCUUCUUGAUGCACCAGCUUCAUGGGAAGAUUGUCAAAUAUGGAUCGGCAUUGGGUUUGAUAGUGUUGAAUGCAGCAAUCACUGCCUACUCGCAGUGUGGGGCCCUGGCAAAUUCUAGAAGGAUCUUUGAUGAAAUUGGGUACAGAAGGGAUUUGAUCUCAUGGAACGCAAUGCUGGGAGCUUACGCUUCCCAUGGGAUGGAGUAUGAGGCGAUGGGAUUCUUUGCUAGCAUGAUGCGAGCGAGCGGAGUGCAGCCUGACAUGUAUAGUUUCACAAGUAUCAUAAGUGCGUGCGCGGAGCAUCGUGAUCACGGAGGGACAGUAAUUCAUGGUUUGGUGAUCAAGAAGGGUUUCGAAGGAGUCACGCCUGUUUGCAAUGCUCUAAUUGCCAUGUACACUCGAUUUAGUGAGAACUGCAUGAUGGAAGAUGCAUAUAAGUGCUUUGAUUCCCUGCUUCUUAAGGACACCUUCUCCUGGAAUUCUAUGUUAACUGGGUAUUCACAGCACGGUUUGAGUGCUGAUGCCUUGAGAUUCUUCAGAUGUAUGCAGUCAGAAAAUGUUAGAACCGACGAGUACGCAUUCUCUGCUGCCCUGCGUUCAUGCUCAGACCUUGCUUUACUUCGGCUAGGUAGACAAAUACACGGUUUAGUCAUCCAUUCUGGUUUUGCUUCCAACAAUUUUGUUUCCAGCUCGCUGAUCUUCAUGUAUUCUAAGAGUGGCAUUCUUGAUGAUGCGACGAAGUCUUUUGAGGAGGCAGAUAAGAGUAGCUCUGUGCCCUGGAACUCUAUGAUGUUUGGUUAUGCGCAGCAUGGACAUGCACAGACCGUGCUUAGCCUCUUCAAUGAGAUGCUGGAGCUUAAGGUUCCUUUGGAUCAUAUCACAUUUGUUGGCCUGAUUACUGCCUGCAGUCAUGCUGGUCUUGUGGACGAAGGUUCAGAAAUCCUCAAUACGAUGGAAAUUAGGUAUGGAAUUCCUCUCCGGAUGGAGCAUUAUGCAUGUGGCAUUGAUCUGUAUGGGAGGGCUGGGCAGCUUGACAAAGCAAAAGAGCUUAUUGACUCCAUGCCAUUUGAACCAGAUGCCAUGGUGUGGAUGACCCUAUUAGGUGCUUGCAGAAUCCAUGGGAAUAUGGAACUAGCAACUGAUGUGGCCAGCCAUCUGUUGGAGGCAGAGCCUAGACAGCACUCCACCUAUGUUCUCCUCUCCAGCAUGUAUUCUGGUCUUGGGAUGUGGAGUGAUAGAGCAAUAGUGCAGAAGGAAAUGAAGAAUAAAGGAUUAAGCAAAGUUCCUGGUUGGAGCUGGAUCGAGGUGAAGAAUGAGGUGCACUCAUUCAAUGCAGAGGAUGGGUCGCACCCAAGGAUGGAGGAAAUAUAUGAGAUGCUGAGUUUGUUGCUUCAAAAUUUUCCUAUGCAGCCUGUGCAUCAAGAAACAGGUGGAGCCAUCGACUGCUAACUAUCCAGUUAUGGGCAUUAACCAGCCAGCCCUUGUUGGAGAUGAUUGGGCACACUUCGCACAUUCGUCUGCUCUGAUUGCUAGUGGCAGGGAAGACCUCUGUCAAUAUAUGGAAAGAUGGGAUCCGUGUUUAAAGCAUUGAGCACCUAGGUUGCAUGUGUGGAUGUGAUGCUAAAUUCAUGGAAAAUGGAGAUGGUGUAAGUGCAUGUUCUGAUGGAAUUGGUUCUGCAGUGAUGAAGAACGUGUAGCUUAUACACAGAUCUUUUUUCUCAGUACACGCUUAGCAGUGACCGUUUAAAGCAAGGUACAAGAAUCGCGGACAUGGACAGCAAAGGGAGAGAGACAAUGCUAGCCAGAAAAUCAUUAUGAAAAAAAAGUCUUCCGGCUUCAUUCUAUUUUGUUAGGUGGAAGGGAAGCCUCCUUCCUGCUGCUUGGAGCUUUUGAAUGCUAUUUUGAUGCCACAACAUGAACUGCAAUUCAACAUUUAUGUAGUUUUGGCAAAGACAAGUUCAUGUACUCUGUAUUUAGGUGAGCUUGUGUCGUAAACACGGCAAUGAGCGUAGCUGUAUGGUGAGUACAUGUGACUGAAGAAUUCAAAAAGCAUAAUGGCAGGGAGUCAUUUAUUUAUUUU